UUAAUGGAGGAUCAUCUUGUCUACACCUGACUCGUAGACUCAUCACAGCGUGCAAUUCUCUCCCUUUCUUGCAGCUAACUCGUCAACUUAAGCAAAUCUCCUAAGAUCCUGCAAGAACUAAAUACAACAUCAACUCCUUCUGAAAGGAAAACCUCAAAUAUUUCACAAACUCCAACUUGUUUCAACACCAUUUUGGCCAAAGUUAUCCCAACCAACAUUGACAUCAAUUCUCUUCAAAUUACGAACCCAGUUUGUGUCAACAUGUGGAAAUUGAUGAUUGUAGUGUUGGUGAUUGUGGCUGUGCAAUUGUCGCCGGCUUGGGCACUUCCCUUCAAGAGUAGGCCUACCGAUAGUACCAACAGUACCAGUAGUACCAACACUUCCAACAGUACCAACACUACCAGUAGUACCAACACUACAGAGGAGAAUAACGACGCUGCGAAGAUAUACCUGGCCGCCUACGGAUACCUGAUCCCUAAAGAACCACGCACCUCCCCCCUUCACUCCUUCUCCUCCUCUUCCUCUUCCUCCUCUUCCUCUUCCUCCUCCUCCUCACCAUCCCAGCCUUCCUCCGAGGACCUCUUCCAGCAAGCCGUCAAGACUUUCCAGAGUGUGGCGGGGCUGGAGCCGACGGGUAAGGUGACGGAGGAAACGCUGAAACAAAUGUUCGCUCCUCGCUGUGGCAUCAAGGACAACUUCGACCCCAACAUCACCCAGGGGCAUGACAGGAGCAAACGCUACGUUCAUGAAGGUUCCAAAUGGAAGAUGCAGAGCCUCAGCUAUAAGAUAUCUAAGUACCCACCCAACCUGCCCGCGGCGGACGUCGACAGGGAUAUCUUCAAAGCUUUCAAGGCGUGGUCUGACGUGUCACCACUGACCUUCCAGCAGCAGACCUCCGGCAAGGUGAACAUCGAUAUCCGCUUCGCAAGACUUCGGCACGGAGACUCUGAUCCCUUCGACGGCAUCGGGGGCGUCCUGGCCCACGCCUACUACCCCUUGUACGGCGGAGACGCUCACUUCGACACGGACGAGGCCUGGACUACCAACUCCUACAGCGGAACCAACUUGAUGCAGGUGGCGGCGCAUGAGUUCGGCCACUCGCUGGGCCUAGGGCACUCUCCGGUAAAAGAAUCACUCAUGGCUCCCUUCUACAAGGGCUUCGAACCCGAGAUCACUCUCAAUACAGACGACAUCCAAGGCAUCCAGUCCCUGUACGGAAAGCCAGUAGCAGGAGCAGCAAGUGAGAGUACCAGUGUUACCGGGGACGCUGGCAGCGAGUCCGGUAACGGAGGGUUUGAUGACCCAGGCCAGCAGGGAGGCUCAGGCUCAGCCUCAGGUGGUGUGCUGUGUAACGACGCAAGUGUUGACACAAUUUUCACUUCAGUAGAUGGCGAGGUGUAUGUCUUAAAGGGAGACGAGUACUGGCGCCUGACCACCUCUGGGGUUGCAGACGGCUACCCACGAAAGAUUACCGACAACUGGCCACAACUUCCCACUAACAUAGAAGCUGCCUUCACCGGGAGCAACGGCAAGACCUAUUUCUUCAAGGGAGACAGUUACUGGCGCUACAGCGGCCUGACGCCCGACCAGGGAUACCCGAAGCCGAUCAGCAGUGGUUUCCCAGGGAUUCCAGAUUCCUUGGAUGCUGUCACUCCCUCCUACGCUAACGACGUCAUCUAUUUCUUCAAGGGCGAUCAGUAUUGGCGAUUCCCAACAAAAAGUUCAAAUUCACUUCGAAACAGAAAUAGCAACGCGAGAAGGAACUCCAAACGCAAAAAUAAGAACACAGUCGAGCAGAGGAGCUUAUCCAAAUGGAAGGGUCUUCCGAGCAAUCUGGAUGCCGUCAUUCUCUACAAUCAAAACGCCUAUUACUUCUUCAAGGACGGAAAGUACUGGAGGACGCACAAAGCAGAGUCCUGGAUGGAUACAGACAACCCAGCCUUCCCACGCGACGUUGGCUACUGGUGGUUCGGCUGUCAGUCCCCGGUACAGAAGACUUCGGGUCUCCAGGGCGGCCACCAGGUGGACACCGUCUCCCAGGAAGGUCUACACUCCUGUGACAAGUAUGAUGCAGUGAAUCUUGAUGACUCGGACGACUACUAGUGAAUCCUCGACCACUACCAGUGAAGUCUCAACCACUCCCAUUGAAGCCUCAACCACUCCCAGUGAAGCCUCAUUGUGGUCCUUGGAAGUUUAAGAGGUGGAAGAGAAAUCUUCCAAUCUGCUGAUGCCUUCAUCGUCUGCUGGUCGUCUCUGCUGUCUCACGCAGAGCUUCCUGCUGCUGUCAGCCAGGGGGUACUCGCCGUCUGCUUCUCUCCUGCUUAGCCUCUUAUUUUUUCGUCUGCCUGAUGUCUGCAUGUCAACUCAAGCUAUCCACUAUUCGUCAUCUCGCCGUCAAUUACCUGCCUGUCUGACAUCCUUAAUGCCUCUUCUACCUUUAAUCACUCACACCAGCAAGAGCAGAAGUUGACAAGAGCACAAAAAAGGUAAUUCAAAACAGCAGCAACACUUGAAGAAGCAACACUACACUUGCCCCAGACCAACAGUGUUGCUCAGAUCCACCAACGUCAAGAAACUGUUGUACUGAAGUGCCCUCAUCCUAACCUACCAGAGGACCCAAAACAGAGAACGGGACAGUAUGUCAAUUUCACGAGCCGCUCCCAUUUUCUAGUACGACAAUUUUUGGCCUUAGGUAGAGUGGAAGCCAAAAUGCAAAGAGCACAUCUGUACCAGGUAAGUCCACUACGGGCUCACCAUAGCCCGUGCUAUCUUGAGGUUAUCUUGAGAUGAUUUCGGGGCUUUUUUAGUGUCCCCGCGGCCCGGUCCUCGACCAGGCCUCC